AUGAGCGCCCCGCCCGAUUCCGGCGAGCUUUUCACCAUCAGAAACCAGUUCUACACGGGCCAGCACACCAAAGUGGCGGCCUAUGACUGGGCCCUGUUUUCUCCGCAGGCCCAGUUGAAAGUCUACGAGUUCCAGGUGCGGUCCGCGCUUGCGCUUGCGCACGACCCGGCCGCGUUGCUCGGAAAGGGGAGAGCCGCGUUCCCCGAACACCCCGCCUUGCUGGCCGUGUUGCAGGCGUGGAGCGACGUCUCGGCGUCGGGCGUUGACGACGCGUCGUAUUUCGCUGCCGUGGGCGACGCGGCGUUCGAGGCCCAGGCCGUCUUGGCGGCGCUCUAUUUGGUCAAGUACCGCCAGGACGUGGACGGCGCCAUUUCGCUCUUGGCCCGCUUCUCCGCGCGGGGCACGGAAAACGCCUUGGAGUUGGAGCCCCACUUGCUCUUGGUGCAGUUGCACUUGCACAAGGAAAACUUUGCCGAGGCCAGCAGGGUGUACCAGCGAUUCCAGACGCUCCCGUUCGACGCGCGCGACGACAUCAUCUACCAUGUGAUGGAGAGCUGGAUCAACUCCGUCAAGGGCCAGGCGGACAACAUCAGCAAUGCCUACUACUUCUACGACGAGUUGUUGUCGUCCGAUUUCGACGACGACGUGCAGGGCCGCUUCCACAACUUGAGUGCGUUGUUCGUCAUGACCUUGCAGUUGAAGCACUUCCCGGAGGCCCAGGAGAUCUUGGACCAGGUGGCCGCCUUGGACUACCGAGGAACCGGCGCCGCAAACCUCGUUGCAAACCGCAUCACGUACGAGUACUUGACCAACAACGGCGCCAAUGUCGUGGCCUUGUUGAAGGAGUUGGCGGCCGCAGACCCUGCGCACCAGCUCUUGACUGAUUUCAGGGAGAAGAACGAGAGAUUCGACGCGAUUGUAGAAAAGUACCUGGUGGCCUGA